AUGGAGCUGCCAUUGAGUCAACCUCACUUCUCAGGGCCACUCCUGCUGCUGGUGAUGUCAAACUUGCUGCUUUGGGAGAAAGCUUCAUCAAGUCCUAUGUGUACAGGAGAAAAGGGCAGCUGCUGGAACCCACUUGUGGAAACAUUUAACAGUGCAAUCCAGAAAGCUGAAACCCUCCGUAAACUUGCUCAUGAAUUCUACGAAGAGCUUUACCACAACCAAUUCUCAUCUGAACAUUUUACAGCUUUUACUUUACGACUGACUAGGCGGCAUGAGAUUAUUUUCAGAGCUGAAUAUUACUGCCAUUCUUCUCUUAUAAAACUCCCAAAUAAGGGAAUUGAAUACAUAAGUAUUGAAUUGGAAGAGUACUUAAAAACUUUGAUCAAUUAUGUGGGUUCCUGGAUUAGCCCUCUAUUCCAUCUAGUCAUUGAACUGAAUGCCAUGCAAGAUGUCCCUGAAACUAUCCUCUCAAAAACCAAGGAGAUUGAAGAGAACAACAGACAAAUCCUGGAUGACCUUAGGUGGAUAUUCACCAAGGUCUAUCCUACUGCAAAGAUGAAUGAAAAAUUUGCCAACUGGGAAGAUCUUUCAUUAUUAAAAUCAAAUGAAAAAAAUGAUAAAUUUUUGGCAAUGUUUAACCUUUGCAAAUGCCUAGAAUAUGAUACAAAGUACAUUCUAUUUCAUCUCAGAAUAUUGAACUGUCGCAUAAAUGGAAACGACUGCUAUUGGCCAUAG